GUAUCGCUAUGAGUGCAGCAAGAUCGGAGGCCUUGGCACCUGCUUUGACUACUACAGUGCGCAGGUGGACGUGCCUUCCUUUGGGCAAGAGAAGACCCACUGGAGCAAACCCAUGCGCAUGUUGACGGUGACCUGUGGCCACAACUCAGUGCUGGGAGGUUUUCACUUCGAGUUCUCGGAAGGGGGUCGCUGGGGCCGCGUGCGCUAUCAAUGCUGCAAAGCAGGAGGGGCGCCGGUGACCUUCGAUCCGCGAGGGCAGCUGUCGCAGCUGGUGAGUCCGUUUGAUGGGACCUACUGCCCCACUGCUCGUGAUGCGUCCGGCCGACCCCAAUAUGGAUCCAGCAACGAACAAACCCUGACCUUUGACCGAGAUGCUUGGAAGUGGUGCAUCGGCAGCCACUGCAGCGCGGAUACUGAUGUGGCUUCCCCCCUGGGUCUUGUCACAAAAACUUGGGAGGUGGUGAAUGUGAGUGACUUCAAUGGAGAAUUCGAGGGACAAAUGCCCAAAGAAGGGACCAAGGGAAUGUCCCUGCAAGAUGCCUUGAAGAUGAAACCUCCUAAAAGACCAAAGGCGCCUCCCAUGCAGGAAUUACAGGAGUUCAAGGCGGAACAGCCCAAAUAUGCUGCAGAGUGCUUGAACUACCAGAAUCUGUGGAAGAAGGUGACAGAAACGUUCAAGGACGAGGAGGACAACCAAGUGGAAAAGACUGAGAAGCUCUUGGCUGAGCCCACCACCGAGGGUGCUGAGCUGGAUGACUACCAUCCCUGUGAGGUGGCCAAGGGCGCGGGUGGCAUUUUUGGUCCCUGGGGUGGAGGUGAUGGAUCCACCGCCCCAGAGAAUAUGAUGUAUGCGGACUGGAAUGACUGCAUGCAAGGCGACAUUGAGCGCGACUUGGCGUCUGCCAGAUUGGACUACCACGGGGCCUUGACCGAGUUCAUCAUGGACAUGGUGGAAGCUGGAGGCGGAAUGAUCUGCGACGCCAUUCCAGAUGUGAUGAUCGCACCUUUUGGUACGGGGGUGGGAAUGAACCCUGGCAAAAUCUGCGAGGGUGCGAUGGAGCUGGUGGGAGCUAUCAAGACUUUCGCAGGCCCCGCGAGCGGAUUCCACUUUGCAAAGCAGGGCUGGGAAAUUGAGCAAGAGGGCUACGCUGCUUGCAACCCGAUGCAGAUUGGCUUUGCGCGUGCCUUUUGUGACAUCCAUUGCGUCCGGGAUGCCGUGAUUCGGGGUGAUCGUUCCAUCGUCCGAAACUUGGAGUUGGCCACCAAAAAGACCAACAACAACAUGGCAGCGUUGAUGAAGUGGUCUGUGGAGGCUGCCCAUACCGAAAGCGGCUGGCUGGCCGAUAAGAUGGACUACUCCCACGUGAUCAAUGUGGCAUACCUGCAGGAUAUCCAUAACAUGCUCACGGGCCUCACGGGUCCUCAGGGAGAAGGGCAACUCAUCGAACGGGCUGCUAUUGCCACCAGCAAAAUGUUCGAGGAGAUGCAAGGCUAUGCCGAGGCGGCUUCCUUCAAUGAUCUCUCGCGCGUAACAGCUCGAGAUGCCCUGGAGACGUUUCUGGCAACCCCUGACCUGGCAGGUGCCCCUUCCAACGCCACUGCUCUGGCGCUGCUGGGGCACCUGGAGCGUCUGCAUGGCACGCUGCGCCUCGCUGCGCGGAAGCAGAAGGAGCAGCUCGUCGAGCGCCAGCUGCAGCAGAGCGUGCGACAGCUGCAGCGGCAAGCGCAGCUGCAGCUGCGGAGUCUGGGAGUUUACCGCCUGGAGAGUGAUGCUUCGAGCCACAGGACCCGCAAGGAACGACAUCACUUCAUGUCCACGGCAGCCUCGCUGGAACGACGGCAGGUGAUGAUGUCCAUGGAUCACAUUUGGUGGCAGCUGCGCAAGAAACUGGAUGAGUACCUCAGCGUGGCUGAAGAGGAGGUGAGGAGCUUCCAAGUCUCCCUGGAGGAGAUGGGCAGUUACAUGCAUUGCAAGAAAGGCUUCUCCAGCCUCGUGGCCAGCUACACCAGCAGCAUGGCCAGCUUGAAGCGCAGCCAUCGGCAGCUCCGCCAUGCCUGGCGCGUCGGCUCGGAGCUGCUGGGGGAGAUGGCCUCGGUCAUCGUGGAUGCCGAGGCCUUUCAGAGUUUCGUGGCGGAGCAGGGCUGCGAAUCCAGCUUGGUGAAGCAAACUCUCAAACAGUUGGAGUCUGCCAUCUUCGGCAUGGCCUUCCUGUUGCAUCGCUUCCGCGCAGCGAAGCUGCCGGAGCCCGAUCGCUACCCUCUGAAGGAGGCCACGAAGCGGAUCCAGGAGGCCUAUGCAGCUGCCACCAGCAACUGCACCAGCUGAGAAAAUGGCGGUAAAUGGCUGGAGUUUAGGACAAGUAUUAGGACGCUAAGAACAGAAAAGGUCUAGUGAGGUGCCUGUUGAAUUCGGUAUUUUGACAUAGCGCCUAGCAAGGCAACUGUCCGAAGGCGAAAGGAAAGAGAAGG